GGGCGUGAAUUUUCAUCAGCAAAAAUGAGUCCGGAGACCGGUGAAACAUAAUAAGGCUUAUUUAUUUUCGCCUGCAUGACGAUUGGCAUGGACGGUUCCACUGUGCGUUCAGAAUUUACAACUAAUUUGAACCCACUUCCUGUAAAAACACCGAAAUGGAAAACCACACCUACAUUGCGUUAGAGAUAAAUAGUUGGUAAACUUUCAUUUCAGACCAGAAGCUGCGCAGCACAGCACUGCGUUUUUUUCUGAUACUGAAAGGGGAUUUUCACAGCCAUGAAAGUUCUUCUAGUUGUUGCACUGGUCUCCCUGAUUCAUGGCAGUUAUGCCACUUUGCUCAUUAAAGGGCCAACCCAGCCGGUUCUGGAGGGAGAUCCGGUCGCACUGGAGUGUCUGUACUCGGACUCUGAGCACAACAUCAGCCAGGUCCGCUUUGAGAUCUUCUCCAAGAGCAUAAAGAUGUGGCGUCCAGUGUAUGAGCGACCGUGGUGCUUCUAUUCAAUGGAAAUAGAGCGGGCAGCUGACAGGAUAGUGCUGUCUAUCCCCUAUGCAGGAAAGUCCUCUGAAGGGUCCUACCGCUGUGUGUCCGACGCUGAAAAUGUGACCGCACCAGACAACUCCUCCCAGCCGCUGGCCUUCAAAGUGCAUUACAUGGGAGAGCCUUCAGUGUCAAGGGAAGGCUACACGCUCUACCUGAGUGUCCCACAGGAGCUGAAGGUGCAAGCCGGGGAUGAUGUGGUGCUGAAGUGCUUUGCCAGCUCAUCAGAAGAGCCAAGCUACUUCUGGCGCAAAGAGGGUAGCGACUGGAUCCUGCCUUCCUCCAUGCUGACACUGAAGAAGGUGAGUGUGACGGAUGAAGGACAGUACACUUGCACGGCUGAGCAUCCUUCCGUGGAGUCACUCAGCAAGAAACACACAGUCAGGAUCACCGUACUGCCUGAGGAUGCCCCCUGGUAUGAGUCUAGUAAUGGCCGUCUCAUUUUGAUGACCUCGGCGUCGGCUGUGGCUCUCUUGGUGUUCAGCCUUUCUGUGAGCGUAUUCCUGUGCCGCAGGGCCAAGCAGACCAAGACCAGCAAGGGACCCAUUGAUGACCGGUCUCAGAAAAAGCCCAUCUACAAAGCCAGUUCGGAGUCCUUACCCUCCGCCUGCGGAGACAAACAGCCUCUGGUGUGACUGCACAGGCAGGUGGAAGGACGAGGAGGGGGAAGGAAGAUGGAGCAAGAGACAGGGGAGAUGGAGUGGGUGGCCAGAAAAUGAGGGAUGGCAUAGAGGGGAUACUUAAAGAGGGAGGAAAUAGUAUAGGGGGAGGAAAGGAGGGAGGCAAAGAGAGAACAGUAUCAUAAUCAGUGACAAGCUGGGUGUAAAAAAAAA